AUGGCAAAACCCCCCCGGGACGGGCGGAAAGGGGGACCCCGGGGGGCUCUGGGGGUCCUGGGGGGGCUCCUGGGGGCUCUGGGGGCGCUGCUGGCGCUGCAGCGGCGGCUGUGGCCGCACCUCUGGGCCGACCUGGCGUUCGCGCUGCGGGCGCUGCGGGCGCGGCGGCGGGCGCGGGGCGGCCCCGGGGGCUCCGUGGCCUCCCGGUUCCUGCGCGCCGCCCGCGCCGCCCCGGAGCGCCCGUUCCUGCGGGCCCGGGCGGGCGCGGAGCCGCUGGGGCGGGCGGCGCGGAGCGUGGCGCGGGUGGCGAACGCGCUGCGGGCGCUGCGGGCCCCGCCGCGGCCCGGGGACACCGUGGGGCUGCUGGUGGGCAACGAGCCCCGCUUCGUGUGGGGCUGGUUCGGGCUGGCCGCGCUCGGGGCCCGCCCCGCGUUCCUGGGCACGGCGCUGCGCCCCGCGGGGCUCCGGCACUGCCUGCGCGGCUGCGGGGCCCGGGCGCUGCUGGUGGCGGACGACCUGUUCGGGUCGGUGGAGCCGCUCCUGCCCAGCCUGCGGGAGGACGGGGUGGCCGUGUGGGUGCUGGGAGCGGGGCCGUACCCGCCGGGCGUGGUGGCGCUGCAGGAGCUGCUGGACGCGGCCUCCGAGGAGCUGGAGCCCGAGGACGUGUGGGAGCCCGAGGACAUGAACGACACCUGCCUCUACAUCUUCACCUCGGGCACCACCGGCCUCCCCAAAGCCGCCCGCGUGUCCCACCUCAAGGCCGUCAUGUGCCUGAGCUUCUACGAGCUGGUGGGAGCCUCCAGCCGGGACGUCGUGUACCUGGCGCUGCCCCUCUACCACAUGGCCGGGUCCCUGCUGGGCAUCGUGGGCUGCCUCGGCAUCGGGGCCACGUGUGUGCUGAAGGAGAAGUUCUCAGCCAGCCAGUUCUGGGACGACUGCCGCGCCGAGGGCGUCACCGUCUUCCAGUACAUCGGGGAGCUGUGCCGGUACCUGGUGAACCAGCCCCAGCGCCCCGGGGAGCGGCAGCACGGGCUGAGGCUGGCGGUGGGCAGCGGCCUCCGCCCCGACGUGUGGCGGAGCUUCCAGCAGCGCUUCGGGCCCGUGCGCAUCGUGGAGACCUACGGGAUGAGCGAGGGCAACGUCACCCUCUUCAACUACACCGGCACCCCGGGCGCCGUGGGGCGCUGCAGCUUCAUCUACAAGCUCUUCUCGCCCUUCGAGGUCGUUCGUUACGACGUCGCGGCCGGAGCACCGGAGCGGGACCGGGCCGGACGCUGCAUCCGCGCCCGCACGGGUGAGACGGGGCUGCUGAUCGCGCCGGUGACGCCCCGGACGCCGUUCCUGGGCUACGCCGGCAGCCGGGAGCUGUCGGAGCAGAAGCUGCUCCGCGGGGUCUUCGCCGAGGGGGACGAGUUCUUCAACACCGGGGACCUGGUGGAGCAGGACGCCGAGCAGUUCGUGCGAUUCCGGGACCGCAUCGGGGACACCUUCAGGUGGAAAGGCGAGAACGUGGCCACCACGGAAGUGGCCGAGGCGCUGCUGGCCCACGAGUCCCUGCAGGAAGCCACCGUUUACGGCGUCACCGUCCCAGGCCACGAGGGCCGCGCCGGGAUGGCCGCGCUGGUUCUGCGGCCCGGCCGCUCCCUGGACGGCCCCGGCCUCUACCGGCACCUGGAGCUGCUGCUGCCGCCGUACGCGCGGCCGCGCUUCCUCCGCCUGCAGGAGCGGCUGGAGAUGACCGAGACGUUCAAGCAGCAGAAGCUGCGGCUGGCGCGGGACGGCUGCGACCCCGCGCUGGUGGCGGCGCCGCUCUUCGUGCUGGACGAGGCCGCCCGAGCCUUCGUCCCGCUGGACCGCGAGCGCUGGGAGCGGCUCCGGGACGGGCGGAUCCGCAUCUGAGCGGGCCCGGGGCGUCCGUCCCGGGGGUCCCCGAGUCCAUCCUGUCCCCUCCGUGUCCCCCCAAGUGCCCCCCACGUCCAUCCCUGUCCCCUCCCCUGUCCCCUCCCCCUGUCCCCUCCCCUGUCCCCUCCCAGCCGCCGGUGCCUCCCCCCCUCCGGGGGCUCUUUGUACACAAAAUUUCCCCAUUUUGGGGUCGUUUUUUGGCAAAUAAAACUCUUUUGUAGCAAAUCUGGUCCCUGUCACCCCCAAAUCGGGGGUGGGGACACCGAAGCCGCUGUCCCCGUGUCCUGCAGGGUUUGGGGGGGAAUUUGGGGUCCCCUCCUAAUCUGCCACCCUCUCCUUAUUAAAUAAUUAUUACCAA